AUAUACAUUAAGGCCGUUUUAGACACAUCCUAAUUUAGAUCGGAUUGUCUAUGGUUUUAGAUUUUUUUUCCGAUCAAAAUGUGAAUGGCGCCAAUUUCUGCAGUCAUAACCUAUAUUUCUUGCUUGUGUUUGACUUUCCUCAUAGUCAAAAGUAGAGUGUUUAACUCGAGUAAAAGUAACCAUAUCACCCUCGAACUAUUGGCGCUCUCACGAACUGUGCCUUCAAUGCAUAACCUGUCAAAAAUGACAAUAUGGCGGACGAAUGUUUGAAAUUUCACCGUAUUAAAGACUUAUUUCGCUUAAAAUUUAGUUUUUUCUUCGCAAGCGUGUUGAAAAACAUAGUGUGUAACUCCGAGUUUAAGAAUAUUGCAAACUCAACUCUUUAAUGCACGACAGCCGCCUCGUUUUCAAAAUUUCAUUAACCCCCGUCAUUACAUAAUGUAAUAUUACAAAUCAGUUCUAAUCGUUCGUUAAGGCCCCUGCCUGCACGGCUACGGAUAGAAUAAAUACAGACUUACAUAUUGCAUAGGUGCAUAAAACUUAUUCGUCGGCUAAAAAUAAACCAUUUAUUGUAAUAAAACUCGAUCUGAUAUCGCAAGCAUCUUCCGUCAGUGCAAAUGUGAGGCAACGUACGAGUGGCCUUAGCGCAGCGCUCUACAAUAGACGGCGAACAGGGCAUUGUUCCAAUCGCUUACCGAGCAAGUAAAUCGAAAGGCUCAGCCAAUCUUUAUCAGUUUGUUCUCCUAUAGCGCAUAACUUAAAGAUCAUAGUUACAUCGGUUUUUCUGUUAUUUUGUUAACUCAUUGAGUGCCACCAGUGCCAGGAACCCACCCAGUUCUCUAUUCGUAGUCGCUUUCCUCUACAAAGCGGGAAAACGCUGGGAUUGGCUACGAGCGUAGUACUACGAAACAUAUCUUUUGUACAAACAUUACAUAUGUUUUGAUAGUAGUGCUACGAAAACGUUGACAGUGAAUGCUUUAAAGGGUAUAGUUUGCCUGUGCUCGGUAAGCGACCAGAAUACACGGCCAGCUUCUCGGAAACGAUACGGUUAUGCAGAACGACGGCCCGCCUCGAACGAGCAAAGAUAGAAUCCGGAGGAAAUUCAAAUAAACGCCACCAAGCUUACCAAGAGACGAAACGUGAAAGGAUUUAGGUUUGUUCUGUGCUGAACAAAAAUUGUUUAAUAUUCCAACGGAAAUAGGAAUGCAAAUGCGACUGAUUUAUUAAUGGGCGGCGAUAGUUUCUAUUGCAAGUUAGAAUAAUGUUGUGGUUGGAUAAUAUUUUAUAUGCCGCGCUGACAACUUUAUGGCAGUUUGUGAUUCGCGCUGAGUUGUUAACGUGCGCUUGUGAUUUAAGGGUUGAAUUGUUAAUGCUGAGUAUUUACUCGAAGACAAAUUGCUGCUUGGACUUUUUGUAGGAAGGUUGAUCACAGAACUGAACUCAUGUUUUCGCCAUCUACGAAAGCAGCCUGGUGGCUGGCAACAUUUCUUAGUGUGUUAGUCACAGGUGAAAUACCCAUCCAGACGGAGGUGGAGCCGGAAUUUCUGGCGCCGCUUGAGAACCACACGGUGACGCAAGGACGCGAUGUGCACUUCACAUGCGUCGUCAACCACCUUUCCAAUUAUCGGGUCGCAUGGAUAAAGUCUGACUCGAAGGCGAUCCUCGCGAUCCAUACUAACAUGGUGGCGCUGAACCCGCGUCUGUCCGUCACCUACAACAACCACAACACAUGGAAGCUGCACGUCAGCAACGUGCAGGCUAAUGAUUCGGGCACUUACAUGUGUCAGGUCAACACGGACCCAAUGAAGAGUCAGAUGGGUCACCUAGCGGUAGUGAUACCACCGGAUAUAGUGGAUACGGUUAGCGAAGGGAGCUCGGCGCGUGAAGGCGGCAGCGUGCGGUUAGCAUGCAGCGCGACGGGUGUGCCGGCACCCGCUGUCAUGUGGCGUCGCGAACACAACAAGCCCAUCGUAUUCCGUCAUGAUGGCGGCCGGGAGAAGAAAGUGGUGGAGGUCUACAAAGGGGAAAGCCUGGACAUGUCGAACGUCCAACGGAACGACAUGGGCGCUUACUACUGCAUCGCGAGCAACGGCGUGCCCCCGACCGUAAGCCGGCGGUACCACGUGCAAGUACAUUUCAUACCACAAGUUAAAGUUACCAAUCAGCUGGUCGGAGCGCCGCUGGGCAGCGACGUGGCUUUACAAUGCUACAUUGAAGCAUCCCCGAAAGCUAUGAACUCCUGGUAUCGAGAAGAUGCCUUAGUGAGCGACAAGCUUCUUGAGAACCCGAAAUUCCGUGUAACAGAAACUUUAGUGAACGAAUAUUCCCUAUGGAUGAAUUUAACUAUAAAAUCUUUGGCACCAAGUGAUUUUGGAACUUACGUGUGCGCGUCGGUCAACGCGCUGGGGAAGAUGGAGAGCCAAGUCAGUUUACAUAGAUUAGAGCUGAACGGUUUCCCCGACGAGCCGCUAGUGUCGGGCGCAGCGUGGCAGCGCGCGCGCAACCUGCCCGCGCGGGCGCACCCGGCCUCAUCCCAUGCACAGUACUCCCUCGCGCAACGGCUACCACCACAGCUCUAUGCUCUUAUGCUUACUGCUCUCAGAUAUGUUACUACAUUUUAAACUUUUCAUAGAAUAUUGAUGACAAAUAUACAUGUAAAUGGAAAUAUAAAAACAAUCGAAACUG